AUGCAUCGCAUCGUGGAGUUCCAUGUACCAACUGUUGCUUGGAUGGGAAAGAAUGCCUUGUUGCUGAACGGAAGUCAAGACGACAGAACGGUUCUGCCUCUUGAAGACAACCAAGGAACAUACGCUGCGGUUGAAGCCACGCAGCCACUCGAGACAGCUCAACAACAGCCGAACAAUCCCAAUACAACACCGGACUCUGGAAGUUUUGAAGGCAUAAACAUGGAUUCAUCCAAUACAUACAUCUACAGUAACAUUCAUAGCGCCUCUCGCGAGUCUAUGACCAAAGAUACCGAAAUACCAAGACCUAUUACAGAAUCACAUAUGUGCUAUCAAGACUUUCGCGAAUAUGGGUUUAUUAAACUCGGAAAUAUGGAAACUCUUUCGUCGGAGGACUUGCAUUAUCUGCAAACGCAGCGCUGCUUUCAUCUCCCAAGUAAACUCCUGCUAGAUGAACUCAUCAGGCGUUACCUAUUCUAUGUCCAUCCCCUGCUCCCUAUUCUUGAUGAUCAGUCGUUCUGGUGUAGCUAUUUUCAACCCAGGCAAGAAGGGGCGUCUUACCCGUUACCGAGUCAUACUUGGUUCGAGGACGAUGUGCCUUGGUCGAAAGCACAAAUGACGGAAAUUAAACAACAUUUUACGGUUCGCCUUAUGCAUGCACUCAAGCUUUGCAUGGUUGCGACGGAUAUUCUCCUACUGGAAUCGUGUCCCCAACAGCUUAAGACCAAGCCGCUACAACAACUCAAAGAGGCUAUGGUGAUACUCGAAGAGAGUGGUAAUUCACUCAAACAGUGGCAUGACGUAGCUAUGCUCGAUAUUCCAGGAUUAGAUGAUAGCCAAAAUACUCUCACGAGCUUCCAGCACCCGCCACUGGCGGCAUUCACGAGGGUGAUAAGGAUAAGCUACAGUGCUGCAAGGCUGUGCGCUGGCCAUCAGGAACUCCUUUUACGUAUAAGUAUUUCAGCUACUAUUUCAGCUACUGGAGAUGAGACCUUGUCUGCUUAUUCGGAUCUGUCUGGAGCAGCCCACGGAAUUCAGAGUGCCAUUCUAGACAUCUCGAAUUGCAUCAUCGAGUUUAUGCAGCUGGGUCUUGUGCCUUACCUCUACAUUGGCAUCGCUGCAUUUGCAGCACUGCCGUAUUUGAUGCAAGUACUAGACUUGAAAAUCACCCGUCGAUCCUGUCCCGAAGUCGAGUUGACGGAUCAAUACCAUCGUCUCUGCAUACUCACUAGAGCUGUGAAAGAAUACCAAGCUCGCUACAACGGCCUGGACCAUUUCGGCGGAACUAUACAGUUUAUCAGCACGAAUUUCCAACUCAUCACUCGAUAUUUACCAGAGAAUGUGAGAAUCACUAGUUGGCAGGAUGUUUUGAUGCAUGACCCUUGUUGCUACAUGAGACUUGCAUUGGCUCUUGAACACUGCUCGAGGACAGCAACGAUUCCUACUGUUGAACAAUUAGCUGAGGAUUUAGAAGGAUCUUUGACCAUACCUCCACCUCAAAAUCUUGAUUCGAAGCAGGGUGACAGUCCGGACGACUUCAUGUCGCUGUCGAGCUAG